AAAAUACCCGGAUGUAAUACGCUGGCUCGUUUACUACACACACUCGCUAUUUUCACGAAAAUCGACGUGGGACUGGAUUAGAUCUGCGAAAUAAAAACAUCGUCGAGAUGACCGUCUUUUAAGGGGGUCUACAAAUACAGGCUUUAACGCUUGGAUGAGAUGUUUUGUCGUCUGGGACUGGUGCAGUUUUACAAACACUGUUAAAUGUGGAUUUAGUGUCGACUGGAUGAGGUGGUGUACGUUACUACGUCGGAGAGAGCGGUGAUAAUUAAUGACGCAGAAGAAAAUGUACUUUUGUUACUGAAUCGGAAUGCUUAAAUAUGUUGAACAUGUCACAACAUGACCGUUCACUGUAACUACCGAACUGCAACGCAGUCAUCAUAAAUAAUGUAGUGAAGAUUUGUAUAGCAUGUGACGAUUACUAUUAUACCACUUUUCAAAGUACGUACUAAGAUUGUUUUUAAAGGAUAAUAAUUGAACAGGAUAUCUUCUGUAAUAUGUCGCACAGUGGAGGGAAGAAAGUGCGAACGUUAGCACAUCAAUUGCUGGAUCAAGAUGAAUGUAUGGCACUGAAAACGGCGAUGAGAAGUUUCUGCGAAAACCACUCAGUAUUAGCGUUUUGUACAGCAUUACAUGCCAUACUUAACACAACCGAAAAGCAAACCAUUCUCAGCGAACUAUACGUAAUGGUGCCAGAUCAUUUGAAAACAAGUUUCCAGCAGUUGUGCGAUUUGAAUUUUGGAACUAAUAUUGGUCUAAGCGUAGAACUAACGGAUAACGAUGGACAAUCACAUGAGCCUCAAAUGAGAUCUGCGACAGACUCCCAACUCAGGCGAAGCAUUUCAGAGACAGAUCAGAGACGUAAGAAGAAGGAUGCGAAAGAUGAAGGCAGCAAGAAAAGAGAUAAAAAAGAUAGAAAGAGAACUAAAAGCGAACAUGAUGUAGUCACAGAAUUGCUAAAUGUCAGCAGUGAAAAUGAUAAUAUCGUGACAACGAAAGAAGUGAAAGUAAGGAAAGUCAAAUUGGAACAUAAAAACGGACAUAGUUUAGGGUUUUGUAUUCGUGGCGGUGUGGAUUUGAGAACUGGAAUCUUUAUUUCACAAGUUGAUUCUGGAAGUCAGGCACAGAAAAAGGGUCUGAAAACUGGAGAAAGAAUAUUAAAAGUGAAUGACACAGCAUUUAAGAAUAUCACGCAUGCAGAGGCCGUAGUGGCAUUGAAGUCAGCACAGAAACUGACAUUAUAUGUAGCACCUUUGGGUCAGAUGCCUGGUGCUAACCAUCAUAUCCUCUCGUCUCAUCUGGGGAGUGGUGAUGGAGAUGCUCUGUCUCCUAGCAACAAAAGUAACAAGAAGAAAAAUAUUAUCUUAGUUGCUGAUGACGAUGGAUGGCUUGGCUGUAGUAUCAGAGGUGGAACUGAUUACAAUAUGGACGUUACCGUGGCAAAUGUGGAUCCUAUGUCGCCGGCACAUCGAGCAGGAUUGAAACGAGGACAGCAGAUACUUGGGGUUAAUGAUGUCGAUGUGAGAACUCUUACACACCUACAAAUUGUCAACUUAGUCACUGCUUCCAAUGUUGUCAAAUUUAUUGUCUUGCCACCAAGUCGAUCUGGAAGAUCUAGCUCUAUCUCAACCUGUCCCAGACAACGCAGGUCAGAAAGCUUAGAUAGAAUGGCAGGUAAUAACAGACAUCAAUCAAGGACAUUGCCAACACAAAAAAUCAUGAGGCGGAACAGUUCUCCAGCAAAAUCACAGCCAGACCAACUAUUGCAUCAACCGCCAAGACCAACAACGCCACUACGAGCUGGACAAAUACCACAUCAGAUAUUAGAGCAAGAGCUGCAGUCCACAACACCUCUGACAAGUUCCACUCCACUACCUCCAACUGAUCAUCCAGCAUUACUCAGGAACAGGGACUUGAUAACAACCGAGAGGACGAGUAGCGCCCUCAACCAUACUUAUCAAGAACUUCAGGAUCUACCUGAUAUUCAAGUAGAUGCACGCAAUGUGAUUGUACACAGAACAAAUGCAUCAGAAAGAUGCAUUGAAAACGACACUGCAGCAUCCCCGCACGGUCUUUCAAAAGAGCAAGAAGAGAAGUUAGCCAGGCUUCAGCAGGGAACGCUAGGACGUAAUAUGGACCGGCAGUUGAAAAACGUUCUAUCGCCACCAAAGUUCUCGGAGGAGAACCUGGCAGAAUGGCACUGCGACAGCAAGGUGCAUGUCAAAAAUUUGUUCAAUUCGUCAAACGAGAAACUGCAAAAUGAUGACAGCUUGGAAGAACUCGAUCUGCCGAUGUUCUCACCAAAAUCUGAAAUUAUGCAAAGUGGCAACACUGGCAGGACACAAUUAAAGAUGAAUAUUACAAGUAUUCCUGAUGGAAGUCGGUCCUUAUCAAUGGUGAUACCACUUUACGAUACACAUGUGGACAGUUAUAGUAAAGUGCUGAACUUACCAGUUGGCGAGACGAUUCAGAAUGACGUAAUCAAAGGUCUUCCAAAAUCCACAAUGCCAGAGAAAGAGUUAGCACAUACAAUAAGUGAUGUGAAAGUUGACGUGCAUAGACGCUCAUCUCUCAAUGCACAGCCCAAUAUCGUCACUAAUGAAUCACCAAACGUUGAUAGCACAGAGAAAGGAAAUGACUGGCGAUUGUGGUGA